CAUUUUAGAAAGUAAGGAAAAAAAAAACAAAAAAAGAAGAAGAACAAAACAGAAAAGCCCUUGCACUCGCGAGGGAGGGAAACAGUGGGCAUCUGCUUCUUCUUCGGAGUCCCUGCUUGCUUAUAACCGAAUUGCCGGUUAUGGAUCGAAGGGUGAAGAAGGAAGCUGAAGAGAUACCGCAAAGAACGAUGUCAUUUGCUGGUCGGAGACUUAAAUCUGCUGGUGAAGAAGACUUCAUCCUCGCUCUCUCAACUCACACUCCUAAGCUCAACCCUUCUUCUUCGGAAAAGAAGGAAAUUAGUAAGAAGGCUAAUGCGUUAACUGAGAGAAAGCAGAAGCGAAAGAAGUGCCAAUCCGAGACCAUAAUUAAACCUGCAGUGUCAGAUUGUGGGGAGAAGAAAAUAAGCUCUAUGAAAAAUAAGGACGUAGGUGAUGGAAGAUGCAUAGCUGAAAUUAAGUCUCCAGCUAUGAUUUGUGCAGAGGAAAUUCAAUCAAACCUAGAACCUGAAUUUCCCAGUUUUGCAAAAUCUUUGGUUAGAUCACAUGUCGGAAGCUGUUUUUGGAUGGGGCUUCCGGGGAUGUUCUGUAAAAUACAUUUACCUAGGAAAGAUACUACAAUCACUUUGGAAGACGAGAGUGGGAACCAAUUUCAUGUAAAAUACUACGCUGAUAAAACGGGAUUGAGUGCAGGUUGGAGACAGUUUUGUAGUGCCCAUAAUUUGCUUGAGGGGGAUGUUUUGGUCUUCCAGUUAGUUGAGCCAACCAAGUUUAAGAUAUACAUAAUAAGGGCAAAUGAUUUAAAUGAAUUGGAUGGGGCUCUUGGCCUCCUAAAUUUGGAUGCUUAUACAAAACAAAGUGAUGCAGAUGAUGCAGAAACUGGUCCAACGGUCUCUAAAAGUACAAAGAGGAAACGUCCAAAACCUCUUCCACUAGCUUCUGUUAGGAAGAAGAACAAGAGGUCUGGCCUACAAAUAUUGUCUUGUAACGUUGGGCAGCCAGCAGAGCAAUCUGAAAAUGAUAGUGAAGAAGUUGGUUCAGAAGUUUUGGAAGGUUUCAAGCGAACCGAGUAUGCAAUUCAAUUCAAAGACAUAACAAGUUUCGAGAACAUAUUGGUUGAUGGCUUGGUUAUAGAUCCUGAGCUCUCGGAAGACAUUCGCAGUAAAUACUACCAGCUAUGCUGUAGUCAAAAUGCUUUUCUUCAUGAAAAUAUUAUCCAGGGUAUAAGUUUUAAAUUUAAAGUUGGAAUUAUUUCCGAAACUGUCAAUAUUGCUGAUGCUAUAAGAACUUGCAAGCUCACAACUUCUCGAGAUGAAUUUGAUAGUUGGGACAGGACCUUGAAAGCCUUUGAGUUGUUGGGCAUGAAUGUUGGUUUCUUACGAACUCGUCUUCACCGGCUUGUAAACCUUGCAUUUGAAUCAGAAGGUGCUGCUGAGACAAGGAGGUAUUUUGAAGCUAAAGCAGAACGAGAUCAGACAGAGAAUGAGAUAAGAAACCUUGAAGCAAAACUCACGGAGCUGAAGGAUGCAAGUAAAACCUUUGGAUUUGAAAUGGAGAGUUUGCAAUCGAAAGCGGAAACAAAUGAAUUCAGGUUUGAGAAAGAAGUUAAGGCUCCAUGGUGAAAUUUCCUUAAAGAUACCAAGGGUUCAUAUCCCAGUUAUUUUCUUUGCCCUUUAUGUAUUCAUAAUCUCCGACGGUAGCAAGAUGACAACCCCAGUUUGUAUUACUAGGCAGUUUCAUUAUUAUUUGUACUUUUCUUGGAUGAUUCUGUGACAUUGGAGGAAGCCUAUUUCUGCUCUUUUCCUCUCAUUUGCUUGAGGACUAA